GUAGGACCUUUUUUUUUGCGCGCGGCCAAGAAGCAAAGGUGUCUCCGCUCGGGUUCAGAUUUUUUCGGAUUAGUUAGCGUUUAACCGUCACACCGAUAACAAGCUCCGAGGUUCUGGUUCUUGAAGUGGCAGCGUGGCAGCAGUACUGUUGCAACAGUCUGCAGCGAAGUAGAAGUUCUUUUGAUUGAUGUGAUUGGUGUUCGGUGUGCAUGUUCGUGCAGUUGUUCGAUUAGAGUUGAUCGGAGUUUGGAACAGUUGGGCGAGCAGUUGGUUUGUUUUGCUUCUGCGAGUUGAGUGAAGCGUGACUUCGAACGCGAUCGAGGUCCGUCGAGUUCUGGGGACUGUGGAUAGUGAGGCAAUAGCGUGCGGUAACCCCGGUGGGAGAAAGUGAAUCGAUUUUCCUCUCGACGGAGCUUCUCGAUAAAUAAAACUAAGUGAGUGUGUAUCUUUUACCUUUUGCUUGAAGUCGAGGAUAGGCUCUAAAACUCAUCAACGCGGAUCGCUACGAGUGGCACCUUUUGCCUCUCGAGCGUGGGCCUCCGGCCAGCAACGUACGCUUGCAAUACGGUUUACAAUUAAAAGUGAAGUUGAGCACUUUUUCUUCGCGGUCAGUGAAGGCAAAAUGAAAUAGUAAUAACAAUAAUAACAGACAGCUGAGCCGUACGGGCGGACGUGAAGUCGUGCUAUUUUUUUUUUGCAGUGCGCUCAACGACCACAGACAGACCAUACAACGGACGGACGAACGAUUGGACCGACAAAACGGGCAGGUUCCAGUAAAACCAGCUAAGGCCGCCGUUUUGUGAAACAAGUUACUCAUUGCCCGCAUGGUGGCUUUAGUAAUCUACACUUGCCUCUAGAUAAACUAACCAACAUCAACAAACACUCUAGAAACUGCCCGAAUUGCAGAAAUUUCACCCUCUAUUCGUAGAUAAACUCAAUAUGAAAAGAUAGUUGUGAAGAAGAUUUCAUCUUCGGCAUCGCGGACUCAUUUGAUCGUUAUUCAACCGAAUUACACGACUUGGGCAGGGGAAUCUCCACUCAGGUGAAGUUGUGACCAACGGAAAAAAAAUCAGUGAAGUGAAUCAAUUAAAACCCGAACUAAGUUUCAUCCCAUUCGGGAGGCCUUAUGAGGCUGCAUCCGCCACCGUUCCGUUUGGUAUCGUGUCAGUUGGUGGUCCACUGAAGAUCGUGCAUCUUGCAUUCUAUUUGGCGCGCGGGUGCGAUCGCCUUGUUUCGGCUUUUAUGUAAUUCGUGAAUUUGUGUGCCGUGCAUUCGCCGAGUGCAGAAGCGUCCGAGACAGUGAAUAGCCAAGACGCCCGCAAAGAAGAGGACCCAAGACAGUAACAAAGAAAUUGACGCCGAAACGUCAGAGAGGGAAGAUAGUGGGCACAGGCGAGCGCGCACGCGAAAUGAGAAGCAUUUAAUUAGUGGAAAAUUAGAUAAAUAAAAUUUUUGAAUUGCCUCUACAGCCACAAACUCGGCGUGAAAGAAAACACAAAUAGGUAAGGGAAAUUAGGCAUGCACAGAGAGUGAGAGUUGAAGAGGAAUAAUAACUGUAUUAAGUGAAAACGCAAGGAUUGUCCGAUCGAUUGGGUUAGGGACCUUUAGCACGAGAAGCGAGAUAGAGAAUCCGUGUUGAAGUGAUUAUCAAUUGGAAAAAAAAGUUCGUGUGCCCCAUAGUGUGUGAGUGUUGUUUGAGCAAAGAAGGCAUUAAAAACCGAAAGUGAUUGAGAAGACCCCGGAUGAUUGUGAUGAUGAUGCUGAUGGAAUAACGGAGAAGGUUGGAAGCAAUCUGAGUGAAGACGACGCAACGGUGAAAGGAAGGUUGUGGUGAUUCUGAGGGAAGAUUUUAAUGUACAAGGCAGACGAGACGUAGAGAUCGAAGGAAAGCGAAACCCGCCACACGUGAUUGAUUGAGCCCCCAAUGAACAUCGUGCUGCGGAGCGAUUAAAAGAAAUACCCACCCCGCCAAGAUGACGCGACUUGGCCUGUAUGUAGCCGCGUCAUGGACGAUAUUUUGUACCUACAGCGUUGCUAUGCCCGACAUCCACCGGCAGAUGAGCGCCACUCAGCUGCAGGAGGUGUUCCACGUGGACCACCCGGACUCGGUUCCGCACUACGAACUGAUUCAGCUAACGCACCACACCAACCAGCCUUCGUUUCACUACCGCCGCAAAAGAAGCAUAGAGACAGCACCGGGUUCGAAAGGAGCCGACAGCGGAGGUGGCGGCAACAGUCUACUCCCCGGUGGCGGAAACCACCACGUGAAGAAAGAUCUGAGCAAAGUGAAGUUUAGUGAGAAAGCAAGUGAGAGCCAAGUGCCGGCCAAGAAGGGCUUCGUCGUGAAGGAAGAAGCACCGACUUCGACGGCGACGGCUCCAACGCCCGAGCAGGAGCAAAUCCUGCCGGAAAUGCAACCUCAACAAAAGACGCCACAACAGGCAAACAGUGCAGGGGGUGCGAAUGAAAGUGAAAGUGAUAGCUAUAGUAAAAUUAGUGGAACCAGCAUACGGGACAUCAGUCAGCAUCGAGUGUCAUUCAGUGCUUUCGGUGAGAGCCUGAACCUAACGCUGGACAAAACCGAGGGGCUGUUCCGCGAUGGUCCGCACGCGUUGCGCAUGUGGAACGUGCGGGUCGAUCCGAACGCGACGCAGGGUCUCGUGUACGAGGAGAUACACGAAGAGAAUCCAACCGCAGAAGACUCGUUUGGUAAUAUUUACCAAGACCAGCAGAACAUGGCUGCCGUUCUGAUGCGAAAGCAUCUGGAAAGCGGCGACCUGAUGAUGGAGGGUAGUAUAGGACAUGAACUUGUGAUAAAACCAGUGCCAACCGACAUCUCCCGGGCGGAGGACGGUAGUGUUCAUCAUGUUAUUUUUAAGCGAACCGUGUCAGAGGAACACAACGAUCAUGCUAGUGAUUAUGCAUUCAUGGAACCGGACCGGCUGCAGAAGCGAUUUCGCUCCAAGCGUCAGGCUUAUUACAAAUCAUCGCGGGCGAUCGAUACGACCAUCUAUCCGGAAAUCCUUGUCAUAGUGGACUACGACGGCUACCGGUUACACGGCGGCGACAACGUCCAGGUCAAGCGGUACUUUGUGUCGUUCUGGAACGGCGUAGAUCUGCGCUAUCGGUUGCUGAAGGGGCCGAGGAUUCGCAUCAGCAUCGCCGGAAUCAUCAUCUCGAGGGGUCGCGACGCCACUCCGUACCUGGAGCGGAAUCGCGUGGGACGUGAUGCGAUCGAUUCGGCCGCUGCCCUCACCGAUAUGGGCAAGUAUCUGUUCCGAGAGCGAAGACUGCCGGUGUACGACAUUGCCGUUGCCAUCACGAAGUAUGAUAUGUGCCGAAGAAGGAAAGGCGGUCGUUGUACGAAAGGCACAGCUGGAUUCGCAUACGUCGGAGGGGCCUGCGUCGUGAACAAGCGACUGGAGAAGGUCAACAGCGUGGCCAUCAUCGAGGACACCGGCGGCUUCAGCGGUAUCAUUGUGGCGGCCCACGAAGUUGGUCAUCUACUGGGAGCCGUUCACGAUGGGUCUCCCCCACCCAGCUAUCUGGGAGGACCGGGCGCGGAGAAGUGCCGCUGGGAGGACGGCUACAUCAUGUCCGAUCUGCGGCACACCGAGCGGGGCUUCCGGUGGUCACCGUGCAGUGUUCAAAGUUUCCAUCAUUUCCUCAAUGGUGACACCGCCAGUUGCCUGCACAAUCCUCCUCACGAGGACGAAGCCCUGGGGCGAACCCUGCCCGGAACGCUCCUCUCGUUGGACGCCCAGUGCCGGCGGGACCGGGGGACAUCCGCGUGCUUCAAGGACGAACGCGUCUGCGCUCAGCUGUUCUGCUUCGACUCGGCCAGCGGGUACUGCGUGGCGUACCGACCGGCCGCCGAGGGAUCCACCUGCGGUGAUGGACAACACUGCUUGGAUGGUAGAUGCGUUGCCGAACAUGAAAACAUAAUUCCUGACUAUUCACAGCACACACCGUCGUACGCGCGGUUCAACCAACAACCAGUCAAAUAUAACUACGACGACAAGUCAGGUCAGCAGGAAGAGUAUUAUGAACCAUCAAGUAGCACGUCGUCCACAACAACAACCACCACCACCACAACGACAACCACCACCACCACCACAACACCACCACCACCGCCGCCACCGACAUCGACGAGGAAUUAUUACCAAUAUUUCAACCACAAGUCCACGAGUACAUAUCAUAUGGAUGAUGAGGACAGACGAUACAAGAAUUUCAUGAAUGCCAUCAAACGAAAGCGAUUACAACACCUAAAGGAGCAACUGCAGCAGCAGGAAAUCGUCAGCAAUCAACAGUAGCAAUACUAAAUAGUUAGGAUAGUUUAGAUCCCCAGACACCAAUAGAAUUCUGUUUUUUCUUCUGCACCAUAAAAAAAAAGACCGGCAGCGCAUCAUUACCAUAGUAACUGUGUGCAAAACGCAACCACCAUUAGAGAACCAGCAUGGUUACAGCAGGCCAUGAAUUAAGAUGCCUUGCUACAACUCCAAUAACUUGGAAACACUUUAGCAACGUGGUUUGCAGUCAGCAAGUCUCAGCAUUUCCCACCUUCGCCCGAAAAUGUAAAUUGAAACAACUUGUUUUGUAUUUUCUUCUUCUAUGAAGAGAGUGACAGCAAAACGUUCAGAAACUAUCGUCCGAAUACAGUCGGAAGCGUCGUAUAUCUCCCACUGCUAUCCACACAAAGCCCACAGUGAAAGCGCGCAAAAACAGAAUCACACCAAGCACAAUGCACUAAAUUAUGCAGUAAGCAGAAUCUACAUUCAAAAUACAAUUGUGAUAUAAAAUUGUGCAAAUAGGCGAAAGAAACUAUUUACUUCUACCGAAGAGUCGUUUCUAUUUUUUAUAGUUUAUAAGUAAAGUGAUACAGUUUUUAAGAAAUUGUAGUCACAUUUCAUUGUAGAUUUAAGAAUCGAGAAAAAGAGAGUGAGAGAAGAUGUGUUCAAUACAUUCGAUUUAAUCGAUAUAUUGACAAUCCUAGCUAAACAUUUCCACAUUGUAACAUCGUAACGAAACGAGUCACAGGAAGUGUGACAAAAUAAUAAUAUUUGAGCCAACUAGCCACCGCCGAAAGAUGAGUUAUUAAAUAUGUAACUAAUAUCUGUGAUUUCUAAAUUUCAAGAACAAUGACAGAUUAUUAUUCAACAGUGUUGUGUUAUAUGUUGGAAACAAGAAUUGCUCCGAACUCAUCUUCCCGCGGUUGCCAGAAACCUGAGAGUGUCAUUAAAUUGAACCAAACCCUAAAACAACUUUUACGGACAUCGUGCUCUAAAGGGCAAGGUGCCAUCGUAGCAAGCAUUGCCAUAAUUUGUAAACCGAAUUCCACGAUUAAAAGUCUAUCACUUCUCACUAUGGCCUACUGUGAUUUAACAUCGAACAUAAGCAAACGAACGAAGAGCCCCCAUCUUAGCCCAAAACAACCCCCUUGACAGAUCUCAUCGCUGAAAGUGAUCGUCGCCUGGCCUCAAUGUAGGCAACCCACAAUGCACCGACACAUCACGGUCACCUUAACAAGUUUUGUUAUUACAGCGUUGGACACCACCGAUCGAAUUCGAAAGGCACUUGGCCGAAGAGUCAAUUUGUCAACGGAAAACUGCCCACAAUGUUGAUUUCGGUAUUAUUUUGUUGUACAAAAAGUACGAAUCGUUAAAGUAUACUAAUGCAACUGUUGAACUGCCCGCCAAACGAACACGAACACAAAACAUAAAAAUGACAAAAACUUCAAGAACCCAAUCGUUAACUCGUAAAACCUUGUUAUUUCUUUUGUUCUUAAAAACAAACUACUGAAACAACAAAAAAACAAAUCUUGUAAAUAUGUAACAAUUGUAAGUGAUCAUAAUUUUAAACAAACAAAACGAUUCGUCCAUUAUGCUAAGGAACUAGAAGAAAAAAUCGAAAACAACGAAAAAGUCUGCACUGAAACAAGAAAUUAGGAACAGAGGUUUAAAAAAACAAUCCCAUGUUGAUGCAUGUGGCUCCUGCAACAGAGAGAAAGAAAACUAACACAUUUGUUGCUCUUAAGGUGAAGAUGCGUAUUUUUGUUAAUCUUGAAGACGGUAACAGUCACACAUAUACACAAGACACUACAGACCCCUUCGCCCCCCCACUAUUCUCUAGGUAGAUAUCUUUAAUUUAUCACUUUUAAGCGCUGUUAGUUGUUAGACGGAGGGAUAAAAAAAUAUAUACAGAGUCCUUUCGAGAGAGGUUCAUCUGCUGGUAGGGUUCUUCCUGGAAGGGUUGGAACGUAUAUAGAAUUCAAGAAUAUGAAGAAAAAUGCAACUGUAUAGCAGUGCCGAGUGCACACAAACGCAUACACGUUGAGACAAUUAUCGAGAAUGUGACGUUUUGUAAGAAAUAUCUUGUAUCGUUUCGAUGUAAAAUAUAUUAACAAAUAAAGAAACGAAAAAUUGAGGGAAAAAAUACAGAAAGAGUAUUUGAAGUGAAAAUGAAA